CAUCAAAAGCAUGUCGAACCACACAAACGCACGAUCCGCUUGCUCGCUGCCCGACGACGGCCGAAUGUUGCAGUUGUGAGGCGAAAGUCAGCGAUUGCAAGCGACACGGACUUGGGCAUGAGACCUCAUUCGCAUCAAAAUCGGGGCGCCUGGUCUGUCAGCCGUUUCCGGCCCGUGCACGGGUUAUGGCUAAUCGUUUUUAUCGCUUGCACGGUGCUGCUCGCGCUCAACAGCGGGCGCCACAGCAGCAGCCACCACUCUCGCCUCCUCACACAACUGGAGAACUUCGAGCAGUCGGCGGGGCGGCUGCUCUUGCGCUCGGCCGGCGCUAGCACCAGCUCGCCUCCGCCAGCGCCCCCGCCGGAGGUUGACCUUGCGCUCCGCUCUCGCGCGCGCUUCGCCGAGCAGCUGGGUCUGCGGAUGACGGACAGCGCCGCGGAGUCGCCUUUCCCGGAGCCUCCCAACGGCAGUGCCCGGCGUGUGCUGCAGAGCGCGAUGUGGCGGCCCAAGCUGCUGCGGCAGUGCACGGAGGACACUCCGCCCUUUUACGCGCCCUGCCUGCGCCGCUACCUACCCUCACUGGUCUACGGGGAGGAGGUGGUGUACCCCGACUUCGAGGCGGCCCUGCCCGGCUUCUUCAACGCCACCGACGCGGCGGCGUGGCUGCGCGCUAACUACGCCAGUGACAUCAUUGGCCAGACCGGAGCCAACCGCCGCGUCAUCUACGACGCACGACAGGCGCGGCUGGUGUUUGCCGGGCUGCGCGGCCAGAACCUGGUGUUCGGCAACGUGCGCUACACGGACGGCGGCUUCCCCACCUCCUGGAACGGCGACUCCACGCACUGCCUGGGCCACAUGGUCAACUUCGACCUGUUCCGUGAGCAGCUGCAGCUGGGGGAGGUCGGCGCGGGGGCGGCGGGGGCAGGCGGCAGCAACGGCACCAGCGGCAGUGGGGGUGGCGGGGCGUUGCACAACCCCCGCGCAGUGGAAGGAGCUGGAGCUGGGGAGGGGGAAGGGGGAGCGGGCGGCGGCGCGGAGACGGGGCGGCGCGGAGACGGCAGCGCGGCGGCGGCGGUGGAUGCCCCUGGUGGAACGUGGAGUGACAUUGACACGCCGGGGGCGGGCGUGUGGGUGGAGGAGGCGGCGGUGUAUGUGACCCCGGACAGCGACAGGUACCAGCACUUCCUGGACCACACGGUGAAGGUGCUGAUGCAGACACAGCACCUCGUCACCAACAACACACUCAUCAUCCCCGGCGGCGGCGUGAAGUCCAAGCAGCAAGUGGUGCGGGACAUGUGGGGCUGGAUGGACCACAUCGACCGAGACAAGCAGGUGCUGCGUACCACCGCCACGGUGCGGGCGCGGCGGCUGUUGGCCGCCUGCCGUGUGCCGUACGUGCACCCCUACCUCUUCCUCCGGCUGCAGGAGUCGGUGUUGGGCCCGGACGCCCCGGUGAUGCCUCUGGCGCAGCGCAAGGUGGUGCUGUGGUACAGCAGGUCGGGCGACGACCCCAGCCGCAGCAACUCGGGCCGCUCCAUUGUGAACGAGGCACAGGUGCAGGCGGCCAUACGGAGGCUGCUGGCGGAGAGGGGGCGCGGGGAGCGGCUGGAGGUUCACCCCGCCGCCCAGGCCGCCGUGUUGCGCCAGGCCGCGGGCGACUCCAAGGCCUACGCGCGUUGGAUCAACCAGAACGUGGCGGCCAUGAUCGGCCCUCACGGCGGCGGCCUGUGCAACAUCAAGUGGCUGGCGGGCGGGUCGUUGGUGCUGGAGUUCAUGCCGCGGGACUGGCUCAACGUGCACUUCUUCGAGGAGUCCACCGGCCACGGCCUCAACUACUGGCUGGAUGUGCAGGACCCUGUGGACUACGACCGCAACAUGCGGGUGGACACGGCCCGGGUGCUGGCGCUGCUGCGGCAGGAGCUGGGCAAGCCGCCCUCGCGCGGGCCGCUGCUGCGCCUGCGCUACGACUGGCCCACGGCCCUGCGCGACAGCCUGCCGCACGACCCCGCCUACGCAGCCGCACAGGCCGCGGCGGCGGCGGCGGGCGGCGGACCCCUGUACGAGGACCUGCAGCCGCGCUGCUGCAGCACCAGCCCUGUGGGGAAGGACCCCGGGUCGCCGGGCCUGACCGUACUGCAUGUGGAGCCCGAGGCGCAGCCGCCGGGUUCAGGGGAGCAGGCUGGAGCGGCGAGAGGAGAGGCGGCGGUGACCGCAGGCGGUGAGGGUGGGGCAGCAGGCGAGGGCGCGGACGCAAUGACUAUGGAUGCAGUUCAGGUGUUGCAGGCGGCACAGAAGCAGGAGCGGGAAAUCACCAUGACAGAGCUGGAGGAGGCUCACACGGUCGGCAGUAGCAGGGAGCUGGUGGCUGUAGCGCAGCAGCCGGAGAACGAGGCGGCAGUAGCAGGGGGUCGGGCGGCCGCGCAGGAGGACCCUGCUGUGGUGAUGCUGGGGGGCAAGCCACAGGAGGUGGUGGUGGUUGUGCCGCACGAGCGCAAGGAGCGGCAGCGGCGGCAUGCGGCGGCGGACGUGGCUGAGCGCAUGGCCGCGGAGGGUGCGGCGGCCGUGGGAGCAGGGGCGGCCGCUGGGACGGAUGGGGGAGAGGCAGCAGCGUGGGCUGCACGGGCGCGUGGGCAACAGGAGCCGCUCAGGAUUGGGGAGCGGGCGGCGUUGUAGGGAGGACGUUUCGCGGCUGCUGUUGCGAAUGGGAUUCUUAGCCUGGACAGACGACGGAUCACAUGUUGAAGACGCGAUUACGACAGGGAAUGCUCGAGAUUUACAAUGAUGCAGCACUGUGGGAAUGUGGAUGUAUGGUAUUGCAAUGCAAGGCCGCGCGGGGACGCGGGCGGCUGAUACCUAUGACGACUUCAACUGCGCGGAGAGCGCAGUCCUGCCUGCGCCGCCGGGCGGGGACGGUGCGCAUUUUGGUUGCCGGCUGGGGAUACUCGAUGUCACGGAUAGGUGAGUAGGGGUUCGAUUUCUUCGGGUCGGCAUUAUUUAUUAUUUGUAGCUGAUGGCUACUGUGGCUCAACGGCUCAUUGGCUUGGCGACGUGUUGGCAGAAGUUGGACCGGCCGGCACAAGCCGACAAGCGGUGAUGUCUUAGAGGGGGCGUGCCCCGAAACCCAGUCCCCACACUGGCGCUGCAUGUCGCAGUGGCCAUUGGAACUGGUGGGGACGGCUGGGGAGGAAGGCCGCCGGCAGCUGCAGAGGCUGCGGCAAGCACAUGGUCUCAGACCUCGUGCUGAAAGCAGGCACGAAAGCAGGCGGGUACACGGCAACACAUGCUGGAUUUGCGGGGGUGGAGGAACCUGCUGUGCGGGCCGAGUGUUUGUGCUCUAGACAGGUUAUCGUUUGGUGGAAGCCUCGUAGCUUGACGGGCCUCUUUCAUUCAUGCGGUGGCAACAGCCGCGGUUUUGGGUCUGGACGAGGGGACCGUGGCGGGUUUCCCACAUGUGCGUGGAAUCAUCGUGGGAGUUUC